GUGGCUAUUUUAGAAUUUGCUCAAUAAAUUCCUGAUUAGUCUGUAAAAUUUGUGUGUCGGUGGAAAAAUGGAUGAUUUAUUCAAGUGUAUUUGCGAUUUUGGUGAAAAUCAUUAUUGGCUUCGCUGUUUUUUGAAACAAGUUGCUUUUUUUAUAAAACGUGUUUUGGCCUGUCCAGUAUUGUUUCAUUCUGGUCACACGCAAUAUCAUGACGAUAUUAUCAAAAUCGCCAUAUGGAAAGAUAUUGCAUACGAUUACAAGGGAAAGUUCACACAAAAUGAUAGUUCUGAUGCCGAGUGCGAAGAUGUCUGCACCCUUAAAAUGGCACAAAAAUGCGCCCAGCACCAAGUAAUGCGUGUUGUCAAGUUGUUGAAUUCAAAAUCGAUGGAUCUGCAACGAAAUCGAUUGGACCUGAACAGUGUUGAACGACAAGAGGUUCGCGACAAUGAAUUGAUCGAUUUUUUACAUCAAGUCGCAUUUAUUUUCGAAUGCAUUUUGGCCAAUCCGGUACUGUACGAUCGCAAACAUGAACAUCACCAGAACGAACGAUUCAAGUUUAAGACAUGGGAUGAGAUCUGUGCUCUUGUUUAUCAAAAAAUUCAAAGCGAUGGCUUUUGGCUUGGAGACGAGGAUACUCGAUUCGAGAUCAAGCAUACCCAGAAAACUAUCGAACAUCUUUUGUACCGCAUCGCCUUUCCGUUGAACAAGAGCCGCAAUGCAGCGCAGGUUUUGAAAAAGAUGGCCGCUGAUAUUCCGCUGAGCUCCGACAUGGAGUAUAACAGCGAUGACAACGAUAGUGUCUCUGGACAAAAACACAAACGACCAGUCACGAUCAAUAUUGCACCAAGUACAUCUGGAUCACAAGCGAUCAAAAUCAUUAUAUGCAAUGGUCUUGAUCCGAAGAUGAAUGAAUCGAAGACGGAGCAUGAUAGCAGUUCAGAAAUGGAUACAACCGUCGAAGAAAACUCGGUAACAGUUGAACGUGUAGAUGGAAACUCUAAUUGGAAAGGUCAUGCUUCAAAACAUGUGGUCGAUAAGGAGCGAAGCCAUGAUGACCAUGAUGAGACCAUGAAGCGAAAACAUUCGGAAAAUGAAAGUUAUCAUGAACAUAGCCCAGCAGUUGAGCCGAGUCAACGUAAAAAACACAAGUCGAAUGUCAGUUCGACAGUCAAAGCUCCAGAUCGUUUCAAGUCAAUCAUUCAGAAGAAAGACGAAGCAUCGGCUGCUCUGAAUAAUAACAAUCUACGUAGAAAGUAAACGUUUAUAACUACCAUAUAGUCAUCACAAACGAUAAAAUACAAACAAAGUCAUUUUGACAAUCUCAUGUUGAGAUCCCACUAUUAAAAUUUGAAUGAAAUUGCGCUGUGCUCAAAGUCAUUUACAUAGAUAGCGAAAACCUUUUAUUGACUAAAUGGUAUUCAGUCGACGAUUAUAUGAACCGCUUAAAAUAAAAUCUGAUUGUGUUUGGAUAUAGCAAUAUUUUCCUACUGUGGGAAAGAUAACUUUAACGAUCAAGGGGCAACUUAGUACAAAUAUUGCCGAAAAUACCGGAUAGUACCCAACGUAGCAAAAAUACCACCGACGAAUUUCAAAUUGUAGAAAAAUGAAGGAAACGAAAUGAUGGGAGUGUUUGUAUGUAUCGGUGUUUUUGUGGUUCUUUCGGUACUUCCCGGUAUUUCUUUGGUCUCGUCGGUAUUUUGGUAUUAAUUUGCCCCUUGUUAACAUGCGACAAUAAUUUAACCCGACAUUAUUGGUUUAUUUUAAGCGGUUUCCUCUGGCUUAGAGGCUUUCGGUUGUCAUAUUCUAUAGAUGACGUAUAACAUAGAACCCAUUUUUCGUCAAUAGAAUCUCUUUUAGUGAAAAUUACAUAAAAAUAAAAUUACUCCAAGUGUCGUUUGAUGAACAUUGAUAAAAAUUAAGUAGCAUAGUGAACAAACAGUACAAUGUUUUUGUAUUGAUACAUGAAAACCAGGGGCUUUUAUGUUAAAAUGAAUACUACGAUUUCAGUAAAUAUUGAAACAUAAUGCUGAAUAUUCAAUGAAUAUUGUAUGUAUAUAAAGAAUAUACACAAAUAAAUGUGUAUAAUUGCAUAAAUUUGAUGAAUAUUUCGUGAAUAUUUCGUGAAUAUUUCCUGUAUAUAUGAAAUAUACAUAUUUUGUCAUUCUCUUUAGUGCGGACUUUCUUCGUUCCUGUGUCGCUUACUGUGAAUAUUCACAACAUACAGUAGAAAAUACGAAAUAUUCACUAGAGAUUUAUGCCGUAUAUAUGAUGAAUAAGACGUGUAUAUUGUGAAUAUUAUGUGAAUAUUUCGUAUAUUCAUAUACAUAAAAGC